UGGAGUCCUUGGAUCUCUCUUGCUAAUAACGUAAUUAUUUUGCGGACUAAAGGUUUGAGUGAAGGGCCAUUGUCAAUUAGAGUGAUCCAAAGGUUCAGUGUAAAUAAAACAGACAACCCUAGUGUAUAAAUAUUAAAAUCAGGACAAGUUUAAGGUGUUCAUAGAGUCAGGACAAGUGUGAAUAUUCUUAGAAGCAGUCGCCGGACAAUUGGUGGCUUCGUGUCAGGUUAGAAAUGGGGAAUUAAUUUUCUAAAAAUGUUGAAUUUUCCCUACAUUAGAGAUUUUUCUAAAAUCUAGAAGUCGUGGUUUCUAUUCUCCAGUGUUCUUUAAUCUAGAAUAUUUGCUGUCCAUGUCGGGUCUAUUCGGAGUGACUCAACUGCCAGCGCCAUUAGUUCAUGAAUUGGCCGUAAGGCUCCUUCACUGGACGCCAUUAGGCGUUCGAGUCCUCGGUUCUUUUGUGUCAAUAACGUAUUUUGCGAAAUAAAUGUUGAAGUGAAGGGCCAUUAUCAGUUGGGGUGAUCGAAAAGUUUAGUGUAAACACAACAGACGACUCAGUGUAUAAAUAUUUAAGUCAGGACGAGUUUAACGUGUUCAUGAAGUCGCCAGAAGUGUUUAUAUUCUCAGGAGCAGUCCCAGGACAAAGCAGCUUCAUACUAUAUAUGUUUAGCUGUAAAUUGUCCUUGACUGCUCCCAAAAAUAUUUCUCCUUUUUCACACUUCCGCAGCCGCAGCCCUCAGCUCAAUCACCUGAAAAUCCAUGAGCUUUGACAUCAGCGAAAACAACUGGACACUUGUUUUUUUUUUUCAAGACAUGAAGUUAUUGUUGUCAGUCAAGGUGGAGGCCACUUCUGGGCACGUAACGUGAUUCAUCCGCGAGAGCGAUGAUGAUGAUUCGACCGGCCGUGCCACAUUCUUCCAUAGAUACAACAUAAGACAUUGAAAGAAAAAGAUGGGGACGAAGAAAAGGGGGUUGUCACGGAUCCCAGGCGGAGAUACGUGAGACAAGGAGUCUCUCCGUGAAGGUCGCCGCCGACUGGACCUUGGGAUUAUUCUACAAAACAACAGCCGCCCCAUCGAUCCAGAGAUAUCAAUCCGGUGUAAUGGCUGUCACAACAAUAAUUCACCCUAAAACAUAAACGAGAUGUCCUCCGACGAGGAGAACGAUGAAAUCCAAGAUCUCGAGAAAAUUCGUGACAAGUUCAUGAGUUUGCCUCCGAGUGAGAGGAUGCAGGUCAGCGCCUGGGAGGAUGACAACGACGGAAUCGAUGCACAACGUAAUCCUGCAGAUGCCGAUGCUCGAGGGAUCCUGGUGGCAGCAGAAAAGGGCCACACCGAGAGGCUGGCCGCUCUCCUGGACAAAAAUCCAGGGCUGAUAAGCGUCGUUGAUAAGGAUGGUUACACACCCCUUCAUCGUGCCUGCUACGGGAAUCACGUGAACAUAAUCGAACUUCUGUUAUUGAGAGGCGCUAAAAUCGACGCAAAGACGAUCGACGGCUGGGAGCCCCUGCACUCCGCCUGCUGCUGGAACAACGUGGACAGCAUCAGCAUGCUGAUCUCCAACGGUGCCAACGUCAACGCGAUGACGAACGGAGGCCAAUCGCCUCUUCAUUUAGUCUCAGCGAGUUCCCACAAUUCUCCAGCCCUUCAACUCCUCCUCCUCCACCCAGAUACCGACAAAACAUCAGUGAAUUCCAGUGAUGAUACCCCACAAAUGAUCGCCACGAGAACAGGAAAGUAUUACCCAGUGUUUGAGAUGAUAGAGCCCUGUCUGAACAAAAUAUAAAGUGCCUCUUCCCCUCGUUCACUCGGUGAAUGCAAAAAAAAAUGUGAUAAAAGAGAGUGACUGGCUAUUUUUUAUCGAAUUAAAAAACAAUUUAUUCAUUUAUUGGAAUCGUAUUGAUAAAUAUUUCAUCAGCAGUAAUAAUAAAACUGGUUCAAUAGUUACAAUUGUUACAUAUGGACAUAUCGUACAGUAUAAAAAUAUAAUCAGAGUAUUAAAUCUAUCACUAGAAGCAUCACGAGUAUUGACGAAUAGUAAAUCAUUAUAAAAUAAUACUAUUGUACAUGAAAUCUUUGUUCACAGUUUAAAAAUAUCUGAUUGAAUUUUCCUUUCACGUUCCUCACGCGGAUUAACCAUUUAAAAUAAUCAACAAUUGGAAAUGGCACUUUGGCGUUUAAUUCGGAUAUGAAUAUUAAUAAUUAAUCAGUACGUGAUCGAGUCACUUUUAAAAAUAUGUGGAGAGUUGAAUGUGAUUGAUCAGUUGGUCUGUAAAAUUCUGGAAAGAUCGGUAAUGAUAAAAUAACGUAUCAUUAUACAUUCAGAUAUAUCACGAUAUUU